AGCUGCGCCCUGAUUGGUCAGCGCACUGAUUCAAGCUCCGCCCCCUCCGCUUGCCCGUUGCUCUGAGCGAGCGAACAGUUGGCGUUUUUCUGCCGCUUUGCCAUCAAGUUGACAAGCAGAGGCUCAGGAAAAAGGCCAAAAUGAGUCAUCUGAAAGAACGCUUUGUGACUCUGCUCCAUGAGAAAAACUUUGUCACCGACCAGUUGGCGGUGCUGGAAGAAAAAACGGGAGUGAAGAGAGAAUAUAUGACACUGGGUAUUCUCGCCUUCAUCGCUCUCUACCUUCUGUUUGGAUAUGGAGCCUCACUGCUCUGCAACCUGAUCGGAUUCAUCUACCCAGCGUAUUUUUCCAUCAAGGCCAUUGAGAGCAACGUCAAGGAUGAUGACACCCAGUGGCUGACCUACUGGGUUGUUUAUGGACUGUUCAGCAUUGUUGAGGCCUUUUCUGACAUCUUCCUCUCCUGGUUCCCCUUUUACUAUUGUGGAAAAUGCAUUUUCCUGAUUUGGUGUAUGGCUCCAGUGACGUGGAACGGCUCUGACAUGUUGUACAAGCGGUUGAUCCGGCCAUUUUUUCUGAAACACCAGGCCACCAUGGACACGGUUGUCAGUGAUCUGACUUCCAAGGCCAAGAACAUUACAGAGACUGUGACAAAAGAGGCUGUUAACCAAGUUCUCAACUCUGACAAGAAUAAGUGAAAAGCAUAGACGGGCCUCUCCUAAUUGUAUGCGUGAAUGAUUGUGUGCACCUCCUUUUGAUCCUCCUUGAAGACGGAUAGCCGGUCGACCUGCACUUCAUGGAGACUGUGGCUUCUGUCUCUUCUAAAAACAAAUAAAAGAUUUGAGCAUCGGUACGUUGAAGACAGUCAAUGAAACUGUGACCUUUUUUUGUGAACUUUCUCUGUUAUGAAGACUGCUUGGAAUAAGUUUAAGAAUAAAUCAGUUGUUUGCUUGCAUGUGGCUGCACUAUCAGUUUUGUGGGACAGGAUUAAUAUGUUGCACUAUAUUCAGACUUAAGAU